AUGGAAAUGGAUUAUAAAGCAGUGAUUGAUACACAACAGUUAUCAGCAAUUAGAAAUGAAUCAUUAAUUCAUUAUGACAAGGAAAGAAAAGAAUUUGAAAAGAUUAUAUAUGAUAGUAUUGAACAUGGACCAUUUCUAGAUGUAGACUCUACAACACAGAAAAGAUUGACCAAUGAGAUUGUUAAAAAGGUGAUGGCUAUGGGCAGAUUCAGAGUACAACUGCUACGUGAAGACCCAAAGAAACUACUCUCCUAUCUACACGCACUCUUCCCUUCGUUGGAUCUAUCACCCAUUGCAAAGAUUGUCAUCCAUCUUCAGUUGUUUGGUGGCACCAUCUUGGAGAUUGGUACAGAGCAACACCAUAAACGUUACUUUGACGAUAUCAACAACUACAAGAUCGUAGGUGGCUUUGCAAUGACCGAAAUGGGUCAUGGUUCAAAUGUACGUCAAAUUGAAACCACUGCAACCUAUGAUCAUUCUACCAAAGAGUUUAUAAUCAAUUCUCCUUCUUUAACAAGUACAAAGUUUUGGAUUGGUAAUAUGUCGAUGUUUGGAACACAUGUAGUAUUAUUUUGUAGAUUAAUUUAUAAAGGUGAGGAUAAAGGAGUACAUGUGAUUGUUACACCUAUUAGAGACCCCGAGACACUGACAGUUUAUAAUGGUAUAUCAAUUGGAGAUUGUGGACACAAGGUUGGGUGGAAUGGUGUGGAUAAUGCAUGGAUUAGAUUCUCCAAUUAUCGUGUACCAAGAGAAAACCUUUUAAAUCGCUAUGCUACCAUCACCGAGGACGGUGAAUACAUCUCUAAACUAUCGUCACCAAGUAAACUAUUCCAAAUUACCAUCUCUGAAUUGGUGUUUGGUAGAAUGCUCUAUGUAUGUGGUCCCAUUCAAUACUUGGGUAUUGCUUUAAAAGCUUCUAUUCGGUAUGCUUUUAGUCGUCGUCAAUUUGGUGAAAAGGGUAAAACUGAAGAGUUGAUUAUGAAUUAUCCAACACAUUAUAGAAUAUUAUUACCAAUGUUGGCACAAAAUACGGCAUUUGAAUUUGCAAGAAAUUGGGUGAUUGAUAAUAUACAGGAAUCAUCGAAAUCAGAGGAAAAGAGAGAAGAGUUUCAUGCUAUUGUAAGUGGUAUCAAGGCGAUGGUGACGGAAUUUGCUAUUGUUGCAUUGUCAAGACUACGUGUAAUGUGUGGUGGUAAUGGCAUGUCGUCUCACAAUCUACUAGGAUACAUGAGAAAUGAAUUGGAUGUAUUUCAAACGGCCGAGGGUGAUGGUGCCGUCUUGUACCAACAGCUCAGUAAAUACUUGAUGGUAGAAUACAAAAGAUGGUAUAAAAAGGAGGGUAUGACAGGUUACAUUAAAAAGGAAGUUCAAUCAUUCCUCGUAACAUCCAACCCAAUCUAUACUCACUACAGAUCGAUGCCUUACCUCUUGUCCAACGAGUUUCAUCAACAUGCAUUCUCUUUUCGUUUUGAAAAAACUCGUUCAAUGGUCAUCGAACAAUUAAAUCAAACUAAAGCAAAAGGUUUAACUUUUCAACAAUCUUGGAAUGCUUCUCUAAUACUGGUAGCAGAAUUGGCAAAAGCAUAUACACAUUUACAUACAUUGGAAUGUGCACAUAGAGCAGUUAGAAAAUGUUCAGAUCCCAUUACAAGACAUGUAUUGAAUGAUUUAAUCAAGCUCUAUGCACUACACAAUAUUGAACAGGACUUUGGAUUCUUUAGAAACACCAACUUUUUGUCUAGUGGAAAGGCUGUCGCCAUCUCAGAGGCAGUUACGUCACUCUGUCAAACACUCAAACCCUACGCACUCUCGAUCGUCGAGAGUAUCAAUGAUUUUGAAGGUCGUCUCGAUAUUCCAAUCGGUAAAAGUGAUCUUGACUAUAUAACUCAUAUGGCUAGAAAAGUUGGUAUUCCUCUUCAAAAACAUGCCUAA